CACACACCUGACUGAUUGUCAGACAUAACAGAACCGGACUUAGCUGUAGUGCAGCACCGAUUACGCAGACGGGACUCUCUCUCCUCGUCGACCCCGUUCACUCUCACAGUGUGCGGAGGAAAGAGAGAGAGAGUGAAAAGGCGCCUCUGAUUAUUCAGACUGAACGGAGUCAUGAGCGAUACCCCCCUCCUCCUCUCUUUCUCUGCGUCGGAACCCGGGUGACUGGAGCGCGCGUGUCACAGUGACAGCUCCACCAACGAAAGAGACGAGACAGAUUAUCGGGGAACGGCCUCUGUAGCUUUGUUGAACACUCCGUGCUGCAACAGCAAACACCAAAAACUCACGCGCUCUUUUCAGAGAACGGACACAGCUGUGUCUGUCUGUCUGCAUGUACUAGAGAUAACCUAUAAACUCGGUGACUGGAUUUACAGUUAUUCAUCCACGAACUAAACCGUCUGGAAUCUAUCAGGAAAAUAACGUUUUUUUUUCUUCCAGGGGCGCAAUACACCUGUCGACAGCAUCUAACUCUGCUCGGUAAAUCUGCUCGAGACGUUCUCAAUGCCAUCAGAUACCGCCACACUAAACACCCUCGCCUCUCCCCAGAACUGAAAGGAGAGAGAAAGGAGAGAGGUAUAGUCGAGAGAGGGGAAAGGGAAGAAGGAAAGAGAGAUAUAAAUAAUACAUAUUCUUUACCAGGAGCUAGAUUUCUCAUUUUACUAGAACAUUAGCAUGGCAACCUAUGUCAUCAACAGGCUACAAAUCCUACCGCCCUGACUAUUUAACGGACCCUCAGUGCAUUACUCAUGCUUAUUUCUGUAAGCAACCUGAAGGAUUAAUUUAAUAAUAAAGAAGAAACACUUUUUAUUGAAGUUCCAUUUUCCCGGAGGAGUAGCUGAAUAUCCUCCCCUCCCCUUGGUCGGACUCGGACUGAGAGGAGGGACACUUGACUCUGCUUCACCUGGUGAAGAGUCCGGUAAGCCGGACGGACUGACGUCCGCACACACGCGAACCCCUGCGCAUGGGGGAGCGCAGCCCCACAAGGUCGGAUGUCGUGCAGCACGUGCUAUUACCUGGUCAUCAGCUCCACACACCUGAGCAACGGCCACUUCCGGCGUGUGAAGGGUGUCUUCAGGGGACCACUCUGUCGCACGGCCUCCAACCAAUCACCGGAUCAUGGUGAGAGUGCAGCAGGUACAGUGGAGAAUGAUGGGAAGUCGAGUUUCUUCUGUCAGCUGUGUGAAAAACAGUACCUGAGACACCAGGAGUAUGACAACCAUAUCAACUCCUAUGACCACGCACACAGACAGAGACUAAAGGAGUUGAAGCAGAGGGAGUUUGCUCGGAACGUUGCGUCUAAGUCGUGGAAGGACGACCGCAAGCAGGAGAGAGCUCUGAGACACCUGCACCAACUAGCACUGCUACGACAACAGACACACAGGGUACCAGGCCAGGUUGUUAGGUUCCGAGGGACAGUGAGAGCUGAGAUCCAGCAUUCAGAGAGACACUGUGGAGAGAGAGACAACAGACCAGGGGACUGCCAUGUCCCCUUGACCCAAACAGGGUUAAUCCAAACCACAGGGAACUCCCAGCGACCCGCUGUUACCCUACGUCUAACCCAGCCCCAGACCAUCCCUCUCAGCCUACAGGGAGAGGACUCCCCCCAUCUCCAGACCAAGCCUCUCUCCAACUCCCAGCCCCAGCAGCCAGAGGACCCUACCCACAUACCCAUCUUCCCUGGAGGGCCCUUCCAAGCCUCCCCACCCCCAGCCUUGCAUUCCAGAUGUGGACCUUCUCUGGAGGAUCCCCAGCCUCGCCUGAACAGCUCUCCCCAGGACCCUGCCUUUCCGUGGGGUAGAGACAGAGGAAGGGUGGGGGUAUCCUUCUGUUUCUCCAGGAGGGGCCCAAAGCUAGAGCCAUCUGCCUCUGUCUUCUCAGACCAGCAAGAGGAGGAGGGGAGAGGAGGAAGAGGGCAGAUGAAGAAGGGAAGGGGAGGAGAUGAGCUACAGCUGCGUCACCCAGACAACCUGUUACUAGGACAACCAACCAACAGCCUCCCCCCCGGAAACAAGACAGAACCCUCAGGCGGGGAAGAGGGGGAGGAGAGAAGAGAGAAGAGAGGAGGGGAGGAGAGCGACAGGUUCUCUGCUAGCCAUGACCCAGGCUGUCCUACCCGUAAUGCCAGACUGAGAGAAACAGACCAGAGCCCUGAACACGGGACAGCAGAUGAGAGGGAAGAGAGGGAGGAGGGGAACAGGAGUACAGAGCACAGACAACAGGGCCAUGAGGUGAAUCAGACUCCUAUGUCUUCAUAUCUCCAUGUGGUUGCCAGAGACGGAUCCAGCCGUCUGAGGUGGCCAGUAAAACUGCUGCAGUUUACCACAGCCAAACCCCACCUCUCCUACAGCUGCAAACCCACACACUGGCAACCCCACACCAACCCACUACACUUUAACCCUGAACACAACCACAACCACUGUCAAACCAAGUCACACUGUAACCACUCAGCAAGCCAGCAGGAGACAGAGAAACACACAGAGGAGUCCGACUCCCUCAUGUUCUCUAGCUCCCAGCCUCCUCCUCAGGACACAGAAAAUGUAGAAUCCAAUACAGAUCUAUAUACAGAGACAGGCAGGACAGAAGAGGGAGCCACACACUCAUCAUCCUGUCACAUUGUAGAGAAGACAGAAGCACAUGGAGUGACAGCAGCCUUCCAGGCAGAAGCAACAGUGCCAGAGAGUGGAGGUGAAUCUGGGUUCAGAUGGCACCACCCCCUCUUCGGGAACGGUGACCCCCUUUGCGGUGACAACACUCACACAAACCCCCACAAUCCCCAGGGAGGCAGACUAGGAGGACAUGUGAGACAGGAGAGAGAACGAGCCAUCAGAACCCCCAGGCCUAAAUUAGAGGCUGUCAUCCAGCCCUGUGCCGCCGUGUGUGUGUGUGCAAGCGAGGUUCGAUGUGUGUGUACGCACGCUGCCAGCUCGCGCACACACUCCGUGGGCGGUUCAGUAAGCACUCCGACAGAUGUGUCAUGCCGAAAUGUAAACGACAGCACAAAGAAGAAGAGGAGGAGAGGGGAAAGGUAUAAUGGGACUUCAAACGAGUGUGAGGGAGAGCGGCAGCGUCUUAGGAGCGUCAUAACCUCUGUUUCCACCUGGUGGGGCGGAAAGAGGAGAUGUGACGGAGACAGAGGGGGAGAAGGAGACAGGGAAAUAGAGCGGGAGGGCGAGACGGGCGGAAAGAGAAGAAAGGCAGGGGGGAAGAGGAGGAGGGGGAAGAGGAGGAGGGGUGGGACUCUGUGCCUGGUGGGAGAGUGUGACUCUGAGUCUGUGCCCUGCUCUGAUAGACAGAGGCCUCACAGGAGUCACAGUAGAGACCAACAUCACUAUAACUAUAACUCUGCCUCCCUGUUCAACACAGCACCAAGAGUCAGAGAGAGGACAGAGUACUACAGCACAGAGUCUCAGCUGUAUAGAGAGAUAGUCAGAGAGAGAUAUGGGAAGGUGGAGAGAGGAGAAAGGAAGGGAUGGCCUUUCUACUGGUGUUCAGACUCCUCUCUGUGUUCUACUUCCGGGUUGCCCUCGGGAAAGGCUCACAACCUCCAAGUGGCAUAUGGUUGUCUCCACGGUUGCCACGGGGACAACCCAAUCUACAGUCGUCAUGACAACAUCCCUGGUAGCAACAUUUCUAGUGGCCCAGUGAGGAAGAUUAAAUACAUCCACAGAAACAGGAAACACAUGAAUAGAAAGUGGUCAGAGAGUGAGGAGUGGGAGAGAACAGAGAGUGGGAGGAGGGAGAGCUGGGAUGGAGGGAGUAGAGGCUGUUGGGAAAGAGGGAGCAGGGAGAGGAGGAGGUAUGGGUUAGUAAGCAAGGGAUCCAGCCCUGGAGGAUUCAGUGGAAGGGGCUGGCAUGGGUAUCUCUCGACCCCCAGUCACAGGACUCUGGAGGGGGACAGGGGAUGGAGGUCUAGUCCUAGGGAGGGAGAGGUCUGGGACAGGGGACCAGGGAACUCAAGCCCAGACAGAUGUACCUGGGGCAGCAGUGACAGUUGGGAGGAUAGGAGGACAUACUGCAGGGAGGACAGAUACAGCUGGGAUGACAACUGGGAGAGACAGAGGUCCACUGAAGGUAGAGAGAGCUGGAGCAGGUGGGAGAAGGGAUCGCGACCUGGCCCCAGCCCCAGCCCUGAUUGUUUAAGCUGGGACUGGGUUACCAGAUGCCCUGACUAUAGACACAGCCCCAGUCCUGGCUCCCAGUCUGUCCCCAGUGUGCAGGUUACCAGAUGCCCCAUCUCCAGCACAGGCCCCUGGCCUGAUUCUAGCCCUGACUGGCUGCCCCGACAGCCCAGCCCUGGCUCCUGUAGCAGCAGCACCAGUGUGUCAGACCUGAGUGGGGGGUGGAGUAGCGUUAGUACCCGCUCAAGACUCAUCUUGACAGGGAGAAAAACAACAGGGGUGCCCAGGCGAGCACCAUCUCCCUCACCCACAAAGGAGAAACACCAAGCCCCCAGCCUCAAACCUACUCCUCCUAGACCUCUGCCCAGCACUGAUACCAUCCAUCCACAGGACAGGAACCCCAACCCCACAGCACAGCCUACAUGUCUCUCAAACAGAGAGCCCAAAGCCCCCCCAAAGCCCAGAGAGGGGAACCCCAGCAGAACUCUGCUACUGCCACUUAUUGGGAAACUACCAGCGAUCAGGAGAGGAACUAAGAGACGAGGGGCAGAAAGAGAGAGGGAGGACCCUGACCAAACAGAGAAAGAGGACCACAAUCAAGACCAGGUCCAGACACAGGUCCAGGACCACAACCAAGGGAAGGAGAGUAUGAAGAAUGGAGCGGUUCAAAGUAGUCGACCGGACCCUCAACCCCUCUCGUCUCAGAGUCCUGAGAAAACUGGAGAGGACACGUCCUGUCCUUCCCUGACAUCACAUCCUGCUGUGACCUCAUAUCCUGCCCUAACUUUACCUCACAGCGGUCAGUGGUCACAAGACCCCUCCCCUCCUCUGGCUCAACAGCCAAUCAGCUUCAGCGCUGAGGAGAUGGGCAAGUAUCGCUGUCUGCAGGAGCAGGCACGAGAGCACAUGCAGAGACUGCUACAGGGAACAGAGACACACACACCGGGACACACACACCAUACCCCCUCCCCAGAGCCAUACACACACCCCACACACACACGUACACAUGUGGCACACACUCAAGAUAAAAACACACACUCCACUUCCCUAAAUACCUCUCUAAAGCUAGAUGCACACCCCAUACAAACACAGCUCUUACAGACACACUCUACCCCCAGCCUCCCCCCUCCUCAUCCCCCUGUCCCCAUACCGCAGCCUCUAAUGACCCACCCUCCUCCACUCACCCUUCAUCCUUUCAUUCUACAACACACAUCUUUUAGCAUGGCACUCUCGUCACCCUCCUCUACCUCUUCCUCUCUCGCCCCCCACACCUCACCACCUCAUCACCUGACCCUCCUACACCCCCCUCUCCCCCAUCCAUUCUCCAUCUCUUCUAUCUUUCCCUCCAUUCUUCUCUCCCAUCCUCUUCUACAUCUCCUCCCUCCCUCCCAUGCCAUCCACCCCUCUCCCCUCACCGCUCUCUCCCCCCUCACACUGCCACCACCGAGACCACCGUGUCCAGAAAGACUUUGGUCAUUGAGGUUUCAACAGAAAGCAUUAUGAUGCUCUCUGAUGACAUCACAUAGUAAUACAAUGCCAUGUUAGCAACUCCUGGACAAUAAUGUCCCAUACAGUAUAACACUCCACUGAAUUUUCUUAAUUUGUGUAUGUAUGCGUGCAUGUGUUUUUGUAUGAGUGCAUGCGUGUGUGAGCAUGUGUGUGCAUUUCGUCGCUGUCUGAUGAAAACCUUUUAACUCCAUUUUUGCCCAUUUUCAUGUUUAUACAUGUAUUGGAAGCAUUAACUCCCCUCAAUGUAUUCAAAAUAGCUUCUGAAGUUUCAUAAUUGUAUGUUUGUUAAUAAAAAAUAACACAUUUAAAUCCUGAAAAGUCGGAGAUGAGGUUUUCCUUCGACAGUGACUGUGUGCGCGAGAGAGAAGCUCCUUUUGAUCCCCAUUUAAGUAUGAAUCAAGGGAAACCGUGCAUCUGCUAAGACUAGCUGGCUUUCUCUCAUCUCUUUCUUCCUCUCUGAGCGUUAGGCACACUGGCUGUCUUUUGAAGUACCGUAACACCUGAGAGAGAGAGCGACAGACAGACGCCCAGGCUGUGAGCAGAGCAAUAGGACCAACCCCCACUCCUACACCCGCCCAAGCCCCAUUCAGCCCCAAGCACAACACUGGACACUAUGGAACACAAAGCUGUUACUAUAUCAUGCUGGAAUAUCCAAGGUCUGAGGUCAUCUGCCUUUGGCCUAAAGAGCAGGAACACAGACUUCACCAAAGACAUCAGAAAUACAGACAUUGUCAUCCUACAAGAAACCUGGUAUAGAGGAGACAGACCCACUAGUUACAGAGAGCUGUUAGUCCCAUCCACCAAACUACCAGGAGUGAAAAAGGGAAGAGACUCAGGGGGUAUGCUAAUUUGGUGUAAAUCAGACCUAGCCCACUCUAUUGAAUUAAUCAAAACAGGAGCAUUUUACAUCUGGUUUGAAUAACAGAGAAAAAUGUUCUCCUGUGUGCUACUUGUAUACCCCCACUAGAAUCCAUGCUUUAAUGACAACAGCUUCUCCAUCCUAGAUGGGGAGAUCAACCAUUUCCAUAUUCUAGUCUGUGGCGACCUAAACGCCAGAACCAGUCAAGGACCUGACACUCUCAGCACACAGGGGCACAAACACCUACCUGGAGGGGACAGCAUUCCCUCCCCAAUAUGCCCCCCAGACACAACUAUGACAAAACAACCAACAAAUCUACUGCACGGUGGGUCUGGUAGGUUUCGAGGGGACUCCUUCAAUAGAUACACUUAAAACUCAUCCCUUGGCAGUUGUACUGUAGACUACUUUAUCACCGAACUCAACCCAGAGUCUCUCAGUGCGUUCGCAGUCAGCCCACUGACACCCCUAUCAGAUCACAGCAAAAUUACAGUUGCUUGAACAGAGCAACACUCAACAUGAGACAUCAGAGCCGAACAAACUGCAUGCUAUUAAGGAAUGUUAUAGAUGGAAGGAAAGUAGUGUAGAAACCUACCAAAAAACAAUUGGCAAACAAAAAUGUAAUCCCUCUUAGACAACUUCCUGAACAAAACAUUUCACUGCAAUAGUGAAGGUGUAAACCUGUAGUAGAAAGCCUAAACUGAAUAUUUGACCUUUCAGCUAUCCUAUCAAAUAAAACAAUUCCAAGCAGACAAGAAAAUGAACAACAAUGACAAAUGGUUUGAUGAAGAAUGCAAAAAUCUAAGAAAGAAAUGUAGAAACCUAUCCGUUCAAAAACAGAGACCCCAAAAACCUGAGCCUAUGUCUUCACUAUGAUGAAAUAUUAAAUCACUACAGAAAUACACUAAGGCAAAAGAAGGGAAAGCACAUCAGAAAUCAGCUCAAUGUAAUUGAAGAAUACAUAGAAUCAAACCACUUCUGGGAUCAACACAAAGAGCUAUCUAUCCAAAAUGGAGAUGAAUGGAUAAACCACUUCUCGAAUAUUUUUGGUCAUACACUCUUAGAAAAAAAGGGUUCCAUAGGAGAACCCUUUUUGGUUCCAGGUAAAAUAUUUUGGGGUUUCAUGUAGAACCCUCUGUGGAAAGGGUUCUACAUGGAAUUGAAAAGGGUUCUACCUGGAACCAAAAAUAGUUGUUCAAAGCGUUCUCCUAUGGGGACAGCCAAAGAACCGUUUUAGGUUCUAGAUAUACAUGCUUAGAAUGUGCUAACAAAAAACAGAGCAAAAACGUAUGCAUUAUAAAUUACAAAUCUUGAAUCAACUAUUAAAGACAACCAGAACCCACUGGAUUCUCCAAUUACAUUGAAUGAACUACAGGACAAAAUACAAACCCUCAAAAGGCCUGUGGUGUUGACAAUAUCCUUAACAAAAUAAUCAAAUAUACAGACCUCAGCUCUGGCACGUUCUCCAAAAUUUGGAACCAAGGCCUGAUCACCCUAAUCCACAAAAGUGGAGACAAAUCCGACUCCAAAAACUACCAUGGGAUAUGCCUCAACAGCAACCUUUGGAAAAUCCUCUGCAGCAUCAUCAACAGCAGACUCCUACAUUUCCUUAGUGAAAACAAUGUCCUGGGCAAAUGUCAAAUUGGCUUUUUACAAAAUUACUGUACGACAGACCACAUAUACACCCUGCACACCCAAACUGACAAACAAACAAAACAAAAGCAGUCUUCUCAUGCUUUGUUUAUUUCAAAACAAGCUUUUGACUCAAUUUGGCAUGAGGGUCUGCUAUAUAAAUUGAUGAAAAGCUGUGUUGGGGGGAAAACAUACAACAUUAUAAAAUGAAUGUACACAAACAACAAGUGUACAGUUAAAAUUGGCAAAAAACACAGAUUUCUUUCCUCGGGUGAGACAGGGAUGCAGCUUGAGCCCCACCUUCUUCAACAUAUAUAUCAAUGAAUUGGCGAGGGCACUAGAUCAGUCUGUAGCACCCGGCCUUACCCUACUAUACUCUGAAGGCAAAUGUCUACUUUUUGCAGAUGAUCUGGUGCUUCUGUCCCCAACCAAGGCAGGUCUACAGCAGCACCUAGAUAUUCUGCACAGAUUCUGUCAGACCUGGGCCUUGACAGUAAAUCUCAGUAAGACAAAAAUAAUGGUGUCCAACAAAUUCAAAUUCUAUCUAGACACCAUUGCCCUCGAGCACACAAAGAACUAUACCUACCUCAGCCUAAACAUCAGCACCACAGGUACCUUCCACAAAGCUGUGAAUGAUCUGAGAGACAAGGCAAGAAGGGCCUUCUAUGCCAUCAAAAGGAACAUAACAUUCAACAUCCCAAUUAGGAUCUGGCUAAAAAUACUGGAACCAGUUAUAGAACCAAUUACCCUCUAUGGUUGUGAGGUCUGAGGUCUACUCACCAACCCCAAAAAGUUACAAAAUGGGACACACCAAGUCAAAUUGAGACUCUGUGUAGAACGUAAAACCCAAACUAAUGCACGCAGAGAAGAAUUAGGACGAUACAAGCUAAUUAUCAAAAUCCAGAAAAGAGAUGUUAUGUUGUACAACCACCUAAAAGGAAGCAACACCUAAAUAUUCCAUAACAGAGCCAUCACCUACAAAGAGAUUAACCUAGAGAAGUCCCCUCAGCCAGCUUGUUCUGGGACAUUGUUCACAAACAAUAACAGACCCCACAGAGCCCCAGGACAGCAACACAAUUAGACCCAACCAAAUCAUGAGAAAACUAUUUGACACAUUGGAAGUAAUUAACCAAAAAACAGAGCAAAGUGGAAUGCUACCUUGCCCUAAAAAGAGAAUAUACAGUGGCAGAAUACCUGAGGACUGUGCACUGGCGUAAUGCAGUUUCUCUGGACCCUCCAAAAGGUCAGAGUUCGCAACUGUCCUGUAUAUCCUAACUGAACGUGCAUGACAUGAGCCAUUCCUCGGGCUCUCUCCCAGCUUGGAUAGAAAGGUGUUGUGUGUAAGACCAGUCUAUUAAUGCCAAUCUCUCUUUUUUUCUAUGUAGAGGCCUAUAGCAGCUACAGUAUGCGGCUGCGUCGGCUCACAUUUUUGUGUGCAAAUGUUUACCACGGCCUGUAGGUCCAGGUUACAGGCCCGACUGUUUUCUAUACUGAGUAUUGUCAACCCAUACAGAUUUUUCUGCGACAUUGUGCAUUAUUUGUCCAUUGCGCUGCACACAAUUUAAACUUAGUCUUGAAUGGUGCAUAGCAAGAUAUACCAGAGAUAAAGGACUGUUAAUAUUGCAACCACAACUCAAAUGACAGUUCACCAGUAUGAACAAAAUCAAGAACGCAAGAACUGUUGUCCACUAAAGAUAUCUAUUUGCAUCUGCCAAUUUACUGGCUGUCCAGUAUACAGACAAGAUGUCCCAGCGCUUCCUAGGCCUACAAUUAAGGAGACUGUGAGAGACUCAAUUAAAGAUAUUGCAGAACUGCUAUAUUUGAAGCACCACUCCAUUCUUCCCAGUUUCCCUGAUGUUGCUAUGGCAAUCAAGCAGUUUAUAACCAUCCCUGUAACUGUCUGUCUGUGAAGAGAUCGUUUUCUAAACUAAAACUCAUGAAGAAUUAAGAAGAGUUAGUCUCUCGGUCUGACAUGCACUUUUGAACACCUAAGUAAGCUCCACUCAUGGCACUGGUGCCGUCGUAGUUCUGACCAGGCAUUUGCUCACCAAUAUCCCCUUCAUUUCAAUCAGUUUAAUUAUUUUUCAAGGCCUGAGGGACUUUGAUCAGUCACAUUAUUGAAGCCCAAUAAACAAAUACUUAGCUUCCUAGUACAUAUUUAAAUGUAAAAGGUUUAUGAAUGACUUUUUGGAGGGUUACUUUGAAAAUUAUUUAUUAAAUAAAAUACAAAUAGACCAAUGUCAGACAGGCGCAUGGGCCCUCAUUGGGCUGUGAGGGUAUCCAGUACGCCAGUGCCAUGGUGACUGACCCAAACUUAAGAAAACCUUGCCUAUUUACAGACUCCAUGAGCCUUGCUACUGAGAGAGGCCGCCAUAGGCAGAGAGAGAGAAGAAAGGCUAUGUGCCCACUGUCCACAAAACAAGGUGGAAACUAAGAUGCACUUCCUAACUUUCUAUGAACAUAGAGACACAUAUUUCCUUCAGUUCACACAGACCAAGAAAGAAUUUGAAAACCAAUCAAAUAUUGACAAACUCCCUUAUUUGUCAAAAUACCGCAGUGUGCAAUCACAGCAGCCAAAUGUGUGACCUAUUGCCACAAGAAAAGGGCAACCAGUGUAGCACAAACACCUUUGUAAAUACAACCUAUAUCUGUUUAUUUGCCCUUGCCAUUCAUACUACAACUAUUUGCACACUGUUACAACACUAUACCUAGCUAAUAAUAUAACAUUUGAGAUGUCUUUAUCCUUUUGAAACUUUUGUGUUUGUAAUGUUAACUAUUAAUUUCUGAUUGCUUAUAUCACUUUUGUUUAUUGUUUUUCACUUGCUUUGGCAAUAUAACCAUGUGUUUCCCAUGCCCGUAAAUCCCCUUUGAAUUGAAGUGAAUUGAAUUGAGAGAAAGAGCAGAGCGAGAGAGAAAGAAGAGAACGUGUAAGGGAGAGAGAGAGCGCUUGAGGGAUAUAGUGAGAGAACAAAAGGUGAGAAAUAGAGGGAGAGAAAGAGAGAUAGCAAUCAAGAAAAAGUAAGGGCCAUCUCCGUUUCAUACAGGUUAGUUAAGCAUUUGUACAAAAAGGCAUCAAUCACAUUAAAAGCUGGAAAUACUGCAACUUAAACAAAGACUAUCAUCCCUGGGACAACACACACACACACACACAUAAAAUGGAAUGCAUGAAAAUUUAAUAACAUGUUUCCAUAUAUCUGGUGUACAAUGUAAUGUAAAUAUAUCUGCCCUGCUGAGGGGUAGAGAGACAAAGACUGACUGCAUUAUACAACCAUGGGACAAUAAAAUUACUUUACAGAAA